AUGGAACGUAAACUAUAUUUUGGAAUAGGGCAGCAGCCAUAAAACAAACAAUACCAUUAUCCAACUAACUUUAUUACAACUAGCAGGUAUCUUAAAGAUAUUAUUUGAGGUAUAACAUCUUAACUUUUCUUCCAUAUUCAUUAGCAUUAUAAUUUUAGAGAAUGGCGAACAUUUAUUUUCUUAUUAUUGCUAUAUUGUCAUUUUUUAAAUCCAUAUCUCCUUUUAGUCCUAUGAAUUCAAUAGCACCUUUACUUUUUGUCGUUUGUUUAUCUAUGUUAAGAGAUGGAUAUGAAGAUUAUUAAAAACAUAUAAGUGAUAAUGAAUUGAAUUCAUCUCCAACAACUAUAUGGACUAGUGGUGGAUUUGUCAAAAAAACUUGGAAAGAUGUGAUAAUAGGAGACAUUAUAAAAAUUGAUGAAAUGGAAAUAAUUUCAGCUGAUAUAGUAGUUUUAUAAACAUCUCAAGAUGGAAUAUGCUUUAUAGAAACAUCUUCUUUGGAUGGAGAAAAGAAUUUAAAACCAAAAUAGGCAGUUAAAGAUACUUAAACUAUGGAAUGCAGAGAAGGAAUAAUUGAAUGUAUAAAUCCAAAUCCUUUACUCUAUAAUUUUGAUGGAACUUUAUUUUUGGAGAGUAAGAAGAUUCAAUUAACGCAUAAAAACUUUUUAUUGAGAGGAUCAAAAUUGAAAAAUGUUAAAUGGGCUAUAGGUGUAGUAGUUUAUACUGGAAUAGAUACAAAAGUAAUGAGAAAUUCUGAGGAACAAAAAAAUAAGAUGAGUAAUAUAGAUAGAUUAAUAAAUGUGAGAAUCAUUUACAUCUUAAUAAUGCAAGCAUUUGUAUGUUUAAUUCUAGCAAUUGUAUAUGGAAUAAAUUGCGAUAUCAAUUCAUUAAAUUUCUAAUAUUUUAGUACAAAUUUCUCUGGAUAUGAGUCGUAAUUAACAUAAGUAGAAAUUUAUGAUCCUGAGAUUCCAAAUUGUGCUUUAGCUUCAUUAAUGACAUUUGCUGCAUAUUUUCUCCUUUUAAAUACUUUAAUUCCAAUAAGUUUGAUAGUAUCUUUAGAAUUUGUAAAAGUAGGUUAGGGAAUAAUUAUGUAAAAAGAUAAAGAAAUGUAUACCGAAGAAAAUAAUAAAUAUGUUAAGGUUUUUAGUACUACAAUUAAUGAGGAAUUAGGAUAAGUUUAAUAUGUGUUUUCUGAUAAAACAGGGACUUUAACUUGUAAUAAGAUGGAAUUUAAGAUAUCUGUUUGUGGAAAUGAGAUUUAUGGUGAUGUUUCAAUGUUUGAUAAACAUGAGCUUAAUACUUUUGUAGAAAAUUAGAUAUUAAGAAGAUAAAGCACUUUACAUUAAAGAAGAUCUACAGUGGUAAAUGAAAAAGCAGGAAUUGAAUAUACAUUCUCUGGUGCAGUAAUACAAUCAAUAAUUACUGAAACAGAUCCUAAUAAGAAUCCAAACAUAGAACUUUAGGUGGAUAAAUAUUUAAUUAGAAAUCAAGGAGAUUUAGUAAAAGAGAAUUUAAUGUUACUAGCCACUUGUCAUGAAUGUGUUCUUGAAUUAUAGGAUGAUGGUACAUUUAAUUAUUAAGGACCUUCUCCAGAUGAAAUAGCAUUAGUAGAUGCUGCUAGGAGAUUAAAUAUAAUUUAUAAAGGAAUUAAAAUGGGUAUGAUGGAAAUAGAUGUUCUUGGUGUGGUUGAAAAGAUUGAACUUCUAUUCUCUUUUGAAUUUAAUAGUGAUAGAAAAAGAAUGUCUGUUAUUGUUAGACAUAACGGAGUGAUUAAAUUGUAUACUAAGGGUGCUGAUGCAAUUAUUAAAGAAAGAUUAGCACCAAAUUAACCAUUUUUAGCUGGAAUUGAUAAAAAAUUAGAUAUGUUCUCCAGAAAAGGAUUGAGAACUUUGUGUUUAGCAAUGAAAGUUCUUGAUGAAUAACAAUUCAAUUAAUUCUCUAAAGCUAUGAAUGAUACUCUAGGAGGAAAUGAAACUGAAAAAUAGUAAACAGAAUUAAUCAAUUAAAUGGAAAAGAAUUUAACACUUAUAGGUGCUACUGCUGUUGAAGAUAAAUUAUAAGAGGAUGUUCCUGAAACCUUAGCAGACUUUUUAAAAGCUAAUAUAAAUGUUUGGAUGUUAACAGGGGAUAAAUUAGAAACAGCUGAAAAUAUUGGUAGAUCAUGUAAUCUAUUACAAGAAUAAAUGGAUAUUUUCUUUUUAACUCCAGGUUGUGACACACUUUAAAUAUUUAAUUAAAUUGCUGAUCAUAUAAUUUAAUAACCUAAUACAAAAAGAGCCAUGAUCAUAGAAGGUAUUGUUUUAGCUGCUUUGAUUGAUAAUGAAAAUUUAACUAAAUAUUUGGUGAUGUUAGCUCCUUAUCUUCAUACUGUUAUUUGUUGUCGUGUUACACCAAAGUAAAAAGCUGACAUGGUUAGAUUAGUUAAGAAUGAAUUAGGUAAAAUUACUUUGGCUGUUGGGGAUGGUGCCAAUGAUGUCAAUAUGAUCUAAGAAGCACAUAUUGGAAUUGGAAUUUAUGGUCAAGAAGGUAUGAGAGCUGUUUAAGCAAGUAAUUAUGCUAUUGGUUAAUUUAAAUGUCUUUGGAAAUUAAUCUUAUAUCAUGGAAGAUAAAAUUAUAUUCGUAUAUCUGAAAUGAUUUUAUACUUCUUUUAUAAAAAUAUCAUUUUUACCAUUCCACAAUUCUAUUUUGCAUUCUUUUGUGGGCUUACAGGAACUAGCGUUUUUGAUGAAUUGUAUAAUAUAAUCUCAUUUAAUUUAGCUUUGUCUCAUUUUAUAAUACAAUAUUCACAUUCUUACCUGUUGUUAUUAGAGCCAUCUUUGAUGAAGAUGUUUUCUAUACACAAAAAACAAAACAAACAAUAAUAGGUAGUAAAAGAAUUACAGAAGGAGAAUAAGAAAAUGAUAUACUCAGAUAGAGCUAUCCAUUACUUUAUUAUAUUGGACAAAAAAAUACUAUUUUUACAAGCGAAAAGUAUAUUAUAACUAAUUUAUUUAGAUUUUUUAAAUGGUUUUCUAUUGGUAUUUUUUAAGGAUUAGCAUGUUUCUUCUCUUUUUAUUUUGAAUUAAAUGAUACUACCUUCAUUAAGGAAAAUGGAUAUAAUAAUGAUUUAUGGUUCUUUAGUAUGUCUAUGUCUACUGCUAUCAUGAUUGUAAACUAUUAGAUUUAAUACUAGCUUGUCACAUUAAAAUUAGCCUUGAAUACUCAAUUCUGGACAAUUAUCACUUGGAUUGCCUAUAUAAUUACCAGUUUAGGUACUUAUUUUGCGUAUAUGGCGGUUUCCAACAUUGUUCCAAAGUCUGCAAUAUAUGGAACUACUACAAUGUUAUUUUCAAGUUAUGCUUUCUAUUUAAGUCUUGCUUUAUCUGUAUUAUCAAUGUUCAUUUUUGAUUUAUUAAUGUUCACUAUUAAAACUUCUAAAGAUACUUUACUCAAUUAUAUGAAAAGAUAAGCAAAAUAAAAACAAUAAUUAGAUAAAGCCAAAAUAUCUAAAUUAGAAAAGAAGCUCUAAGAAUAAAUAUAAGAAAUGGAAAUGCCUCAUUUUGAAUUAAAUUAAAAAAUAAGCCUAAUUAAUUCUAGUUUUUCAUAGAAUGACAGUAUAUCGAAACGAGAACCAAGUAAGGAUAAUUAUUUAUGA